GGGCACCGUCGUCUUUCUUUCCAUUCAUUGGCAUAGCUAUCCAUUCACGCCAGUUGGAUCAAUUUUUGCAGAAAUCUAGCGUGCAGCUGAGGAUUCUUCAAUUGAGGCCAGGAGCAUGCAUCAUUUAUGCUCCGUUCUAUGUCUUGCUCUACUAUUGCCAUCGGUAUUGGCAAAGCUGCCCAUUCCGCCCGAGUUCAGACAGCCUCCAAGCGAUGAAGUGGAUGCGGUCGAUCCUUUGAUUGGGAAUGGAGGCGGGGAUCCCAAUGGUUCUGGAGGAAUGAUACCAAGCACUGCUCCUCCGUUCGGGAUGACCCGCUGGACGGCGCAGACGACACAGAAUUACGUGUCAGUCACGCCAUACAACUACUCACACACGUCUAUUCAUGGAUUUCAGGGAACCCAUCAACCCGCGAUCUGGAUGGGCGAGUCUGGUCAAGCAGUCGUAGUGCCGGGGGUUGGCACGGUCAAGAGCAACUUCGAUGAGCGCGGUAUGGAGAUCGUCUAUGACGAGAAUGGUCGCAGCGAAGCUGUGAGCGCAAGUUAUUACGCUGUGAACCUCGCCGUACCCGAGGAAGACGGCGGAGGAGUACUCAAAGCUGAAAUGAGCGCAACCUCACGCGUCGGCCACCUCCGCUUCACCUUCCCCGUCGAUACGUCACCAUACAUCCUCCUCGAGGCGACUCGCGCCGCCAUCCUCGGCUCGCCCGCCUCGCCCAACGGCAGCUGGCCGACGUACCCCAUUGGCUCCAUCUCCGUGUACCCGCUGGGCACCAGCGCGUCUGCGCUACCAGAGAUUUGCGGCCGUAACCCCGAGCGGCAAGACAGGAUCCUCGGCCCGAGCCCGGCGCCAUCGUUUGCGGGCCAUUUUUGCGCGCGCUUCUCGGUCCCAUUGGUCGCGUACGGGGUAGUACAGAACGGAAGCACCUCGGAGGAUGCAGAGAGCGGCGAGGGAUCACUGCUGUCUGCGUAUGCGCGCUUUGCAGAUGGCACGACGGUCGUGGACGUAAGGGUGGGCGUGUCGUUCAUUAGCGAGGAAAAGGCGCGCGCGAGCUUGGAGAGGGAGGUUCCAGAUGGGACGAGCCUCGAGGAGACGGCGAGUAGGACGCGGGGGGCGUGGGUGGAGAAAUUGGGCAGGGUGAAGGUCGAGGGCGCGAGUGACGAUCAGAGGGCGGUAUUCUACACUGGGAUUUUCCAUACCCUUCAGUAUCCAUACGAGCAAGACGAGGACGGAGAAUACUAUUCGGGGUACGAUGACAGCGUGCACGAGGGCGAUUCAUACACUGGGUACUCAAUAUGGGAUACAUACCGUGCCGAAUGGGCAUGGCAAAUCCUGCUCGCUCCUGAACGAAUUCCGGGAAUGGUUAGGAGCAUGCUACAGGACUACCAGCAGAGUGGCUGGCUGCCGAUGUGGAAGAACAUUGUGGAGACGAACAUCAUGGUGGCCACGCAUGCCGACUCGCUUGUUACUGAGGCUGUCAUCAAGAAUAUCACUGGCUUCGAUGUGGAUUUGGCAUAUGAGGCGGUAUAUAAAGAUGCGACCGUCCCGCCUGUUGACGAUUGGACAAUUUCUUACUAUGAUCGCGAAGAGGGAGUAGGAUAUGAAGUACGCGCGGGCUUGUCUUCUGUGUACGAAGAGAAGGGUUGGGUCGCGAACGACAUACACUCUGAGGCUGCCUCGCGAACUCUGGACUAUGCCUACGACGACUAUGCCGUCUCGACCCUCGCUGAACACCUCGGCUACACCGAGAACGCGACCUUCUUCCGCAACCGCGCGCUCACCGCUCCAUUCACCAUCUUCAACUCCGACACGGGCUUCAUGGAGGCUCGCGACGCGAAUGACUCGUGGGCGGGCCAGGAUCAGGGCUGGACCGAGGGUGAUAUGUGGGCGUAUACCUUUGAUGUGAUACAGGAUAUUCCUGGGUUGGUUGAGCGCCGUGGGGGAAAUGCAUCUUUCGUAGCGUUUCUGGAUGAGCAUUUCGAUGGAGGGCACAAUGAUCACACAAAUGAGCCAUCACAUCAUAUUCCAUACCUGUAUGCACUCGCAGGUGCUGCGUCGAAAUCCCAGGAGCGUAUCCGCGAAGUGGCCCAAUCGAACUAUAAUUCGUCCGUGAAUGGGCUAUCUGGUAACGAAGAUUGCGGACAGAUGAGCGCGUGGUACAUCUUCUCUGCAUUGGGUUUCUACCCCGUGGACCCUGUAUCGGCGGAGUACGCUGUCGGAACGCCGUUUUAUGACAAGGUGACGAUCGACCUCCCUAACGCGAAUCGCCCACUCGUCAUCACCUCCAAGGGCGCGCCAUCGAUGCCUUACGUCAAGUCGCUCACCGUCAAUGGUGAAUCGGUAGAGGUGCCGAUGAUCAGACACGAGCAGAUUGUUUCGGGCGGAGAGAUCGUGUUUGAGAUGAGUGCGGAGCCUCAGGCGUGGGCGUCGGCGACGUUGGUGGGUGGCGAGAGCACCUCUUCCGAGACUGAUGAGAAAAAGAACGUGCAUGACGAGCUUUAACCGAUCUUGAUGAGCGUCGUAAAGCCAUCGUCUGGCGGAAACGCGGAUAUCCUGUCGGAAAUAUUGCAUGACGGAUCGGAGAGUCGAAGCUUUCCAAAAGCUAUGCGAUUGUACGAUACGAGUUGAAAGUGCAUGUUUCUUGAAAAGAAGUGUCUGUGGCUGUAUCAUGUACAUCGCUACUGUUUGAUUGGAUGCAGUAGACGAAUAUCAAUGCUACAAAAGCACUUAGAGUAACCUAAGCCGCAUCAGGACGAUGUUCCGUCCCACGACUCGCCCGCCAAGUCUCCGCUCCCUAGUCACC